ACCAAAAAAAAAAGCUCCCAGCCUAGCAUAUUGAUCACCAUUUAUUAGUCCUCUAUCAGAACCAACAUCAGUAUAUCAUGCUUGUUUCAUAGCUGAAUAAAUUUAAAAUUUUCUUGCAUCAGAAAAACAAAGACUUGGUGCAUUGCAAUUGGGCCAGCCAUAUAUAUAUGUAGAGAUAUCCUCACCUACAAUCCAACAUUACAUCAAUUAAAAAAAAUGGUUCCAAAAGUUCAUGCAGGCAUGGAAGUGGACAUGGCUGGGAAGGGGGAUUCUGGGAAAAAUGAAGAGAGGGGAAGGAAAAAGAUGAUGGAUUUUCUCGAGAAGGCAGAAGGAUUACCGGGUUUGGCAUGGCAGACGAUGUGGAAAGUCGGGAAAGAGGAUCCAAGGAGGGUGAUCCAUGCCCUGAAAGUUGGUUUGGCCUUGACACUGGUUUCAUUGUUGUAUCUGAUAGAGCCUUUGUUUGAAGGGAUUGGACAUAAUGCCAUUUGGGCUGUCAUGACUGUUGUUGUUGUUCUAGAGUUCACUGCAGGGGCAACUUUAUGCAAAGGACUCAACAGAGGAUUGGGGACUCUGCUGGCAGGAUCAUUGGCAUUUCUGAUCGAGUAUGUUGUUAAUGAAUCCGGUCGGAUUCUCGGAGCUGUUUUCAUUGGAGCUUCUGUUUUCAUGAUAGGAGCUGCAGCAACAUACAUUAGAUUUUUUCCCUACAUAAAGAAGAACUAUGACUAUGGUGUGCUGAUAUUUCUCCUGACAUUUAAUCUGAUAACCGUGUCGAGUUUCCGAGUCGAAAACGUGUUGAAGAUCGCCCAUGAACGGUUCUACACCAUUGCAAUAGGCUGUGGUACCUGCCUUCUUAUGAGUCUACUGGUAUUCCCAAACUGGUCAGGGGAAGACCUGCACAAUUCCACUGUUUUGAAGCUUGAAGGCCUAGCCAAAUCCAUAGAAGCUUGUGUGAAUGAAUAUUUCAAUGACACUGAAAUGGAAGAAACUCAGAACAUAUCACCAGACCAGGACCCCAUAUACAAAGGUUUCAAGGCUGUUUUGGACUCCAAAUCCUAUGAUGAGACAAUGGCUUUGCAUGCAAGUUGGGAACCAAGGCACUCAAGACAUUGUCACAAAUAUCCAUGGCAGCAAUAUGUAAAAUUGGGAGCUGUUCUUCGCCAUUUCGGAUACACUGUUGUAGCUCUACAUGGGUGUUUGAGAACAGAAAUUCAGACCCCAAGAUCAGUAAGAGCUCUCUUCAAGGACCCCUGCAUCCGCCUCUCCGGCGAGGUCUCAAAAGUACUAAUGGAACUCGCCAACAGCAUAAGAAACCGCCGCCAUUGCUCGCCGGAGCUACUCUCCGACCACCUCCACGAGGCCUUACAAGACCUGAACACCGCCAUCAAGUCGCAGCCCCGCCUCUUCCUUGGCUCCGAAGGAAAAGGGGGCGGGGGCCACUCCUCCAUGCUGGCCUUAGCCGCAGCCCAUGCAGCCGCCGCCACUGAGAAUCCUCCGCGGGGGAGGCGUGAAGUGCAGCCGGGUGCCGCCCAACAAAAGAACUAUGCGCUAUCAAGCGUGAAGACCGACUCCUCGGCCUUAAUGGAGUGGAAGAGAAAGAGGGAGAACCAUAAUCAGCAAAAGAUGUUGAGGCCUCAGCUGAGCAAAAUCGCCAUCACAAGCCUCGAAUUCUCGGAGGCGCUUCCGUUGGCGGCUUUUGCCUCUUUGUUAGUGGAGACUGUGGCCAAGCUUGAUCAUGUGAUCGAGGAAGUUGAGGAGUUGGGAGCAAUGGCUUGUUUUAAGGAGUAUGAUGCAAAUAAUGUUAGUGUCACUUGUGAGAUUCCGAGAAUAGAUGUUGUUCAGAAUCAGUUGCCUUGUCAUGGAACUGACUAAAAUAGUGGGAUGAUAUAUGCAGCUCAAAUUUUAGUCAUUGAAGGAGGCUUAAAAACAAUCUUCUAUAUAUUCGUUGAAAUUUUGUUUUA